AGCGAUGGGUAUGAAAAAGUCCACACAGCGCCGUUGCAGUUACAGCACUCGCUAAAACCACUCAAAAAAUCAAAAAAAAAAAAAAAAAAAAAAUCACAACAAACCUACUACUACUACCACCACCAAUUUCUGCUUCAUAUAUUCAAUCAGUUCAAACAUCCCUAUCAAUUAUCACCUUAUUAUUUAUGCUCAUUACUCUAUUAUUAAUCCGUUAAUUAUCCUAAAUUUGAUGGAUUAUUGUAACCAGCCGAUUGAAAUUAGGGCUGUGGAAUCGCUAGGGUUAGGGUUUGAUCUCGCGAGUGAUUUCCGGCUGAGAUUUGCGAAAAAGUGUCCGGAUGGCGGCCGGUUGGUGCAGCUGGAUGAAUCGAGUAAGAGAGACAUUGUUCUUCCUGGUGGAGGUACUGUUUCAGGUGUUUCGGAGGAUAUUCGGUGUGAUAAAGGUGAUCGGAUUCGGUUUAAAUCCGAUGUUUUGGAGUUUAGUAAGAUGUCAGAAUUACUUAAUCAAAAAUCGUCAAUACAAGGAAAAGUACCGUCUGGAUACUUCAAUGCGUUAUUUGAUCUUAGUGGAUCAUGGUUAAAUGAUGCAACGGAUGCCAAAUAUCUUGCUUUUGACGGCUAUUUUAUCUCUUUGUAUUAUUUGCACUUAACAACAUCGCCGCUAGUACUCCAAGAAAGUGUCAAGAAAUCUGUUCCAACUUGUUGGAACCCGUUGCUACUCGCUAGGUUUAUUCAGACUUACGGCACACACAUUAUUGUCGGGAUGGCUGUUGGCGGUCAAGAUUUGAUAUGCGUUAAACAGAAACCAUCCUCGACAAUUUCUUCUGCAGAACUUAGAGGAUACUUAGACGAUCUUGGAGAUAAUUUGUUUUCAGACGGGAAUAGUCCUUCUCUAUUAGAUAGGAAAACAAGAAACGGCAAACAAAAAGUGCCGGAUGUCUUCACUCGUAUGUUGCAGCCGCACACCAAGCAGUUCACCAAUAUUACAGAAACUUCAAGCAAGGAUGGCAUUACGGUUAUCGAGUGUAAAAGAGGAGGUGAUGUGUUUUCGGACAGUUAUUCGAAAUGGCUUCAAACAGUUGGCACUGAUCCCGAAGCAAUGCUUUUCAAGUUUGUACCGAUUACUUCUCUUCUUAAUGGCGUUCCCGGAAGUGGUUAUAUCAGCCACGCAAUAAACCUAUAUUUACGCUACAAGCCUGCUGUAGAAGACUUGCAAUAUUUCUUGGAGUUUCAAGUUCCUAGACAGUGGGCCCCUUUAUUUUGUGAAUUAAAUCUUAGGCAUCAAAGGAAAAAAACUUCGUGCCCUCGGCUUCAGUUUAGUUUCUUGGGUCCCAAGAUAUACGUCAGCACGACCCAGGUUACGUGUGAUGAAAAACCAGUGAUUGGUCUUCGUUUAUUUUUGGAAGGCAAAAAAAGCAACCGAUUAGCAAUGCACGUACAACAUCUCUCCAGUCUUCCAGAUACCAUAACACAUGCACUUUCAAAGGCGCCCACAGCCCGUAGACAAUCACAAUGGCGGGGUUCUGAUGAAUACGAGACUCGCUCCCAAAUUCUCGAACCAGUCAGAUGGAAGCGGUUUUCAAACGUGUGCUCAUCCGUAGUCAAACAUGACCCAAACUGGCUAAACCAAGAACCGGCAGGGGGCGUGUAUAUCGUAACCGGGGCCCAGCUCACCAUCAAAGGAAAGUGGCCUAAAACAGUACUACACCUUCGGUUACUAUUCACCCACCUGCCCAACUGCACCAUUCGUAAGACUGAAUGGGCUGGUGUACCGACAGUAGCUCGGAAAUCUAGUAUUUUUUCCAACCUAAGCUCGACCUUUAGUUUCACACAACGGUCGGUUGCUAAUGCACAGAAGCAGCAGCCUGCAACAGUUAACUCGGGUGGGUUUACUGACAGCCCGCCAGUGCCAGUCCGGUCCACAAAACUGCGUAAGUUUGUGGACAUGGAUGAGGUUGCGCGGGGGCCACACGACUUGCCAGGUCAUUGGUUAGUGACUGCGGGUAAGCUGGUCAUGGAUGGUGGUAAGAUUGGGUUGCAUGUGAAGUUCGCGUUAUUAGAUUUUGCGCAAGAAUAAGCGAGAUUUUUUGUAUAUAAGAGUGUAAGAGGUUUGCCAUUCCGGUUAUUUUGUUGGUUUUUUUUUUUCUUUAGAGCCUAAUGCAAAAUGAGUUAGAUCGUUUAUUUUA